AUGGCCGACAUAGCACGCGACAAAGCUCUGCAGCAUGGCGCUGCCGUGGCUGGCACGGCAGCGUCUGCUGCUCCCCGGAGGAAAGAAGCUGCUUCUCCUAGAAGCGACGAAAUCUCGGCACAUCGCGCAAAGACUCGUUCGUGGGAUUACAUCUGGAGGUCCGGUGUCGCCGGUGGUGUUGCAGGUUGCGCCGCCAAAACGACGGUGGCGCCCCUAGAUCGUGUCAAGAUCCUUUUCCAGACCAGCAACCCCCAGUUCGCAAAAUAUACAGGCUCCUCUUUCGGCGUCGCUACCGCAAUGAAAGACAUAUACCUACAAGAGGGUGGCCGAGGACUUUUCAGAGGCCACUCGGCGACCCUCCUCAGAAUUUUCCCUUACGCCGGCAUCAAAUUCCUCGCUUACGAGCAGAUUCGCUCCAUCAUCAUCCCUAACAAAAACCACGAGACGCCUUUCCGACGGCUUAUCAGCGGCAGCCUCGCCGGUGUGACAUCCGUUUUCUUUACAUAUCCUCUAGAAGUUGUUCGAGUUCGCCUCGCUUUUGAGACUAGACGCGAUGGCCGCUCAUCGUUGACCUCAAUAUGUCGCCAAAUUUAUAACGAACAUCCCAUUGAGAAAUCUCGAACCGCAAAACUGCCAAAUUCACCUUCAAUUACGACAGCUGUAGACUCUGCCGCUGCCGCCGUUGAGUCCGUUGCGCCACGAGUCGGACUUGUGAAUUUUUACCGCGGUUUCGCUCCUACUUUGCUAGGCAUGCUGCCGUACGCUGGCGUAUCUUUUCUUACCCACGACACUAUGACAGACCUACUACACCAUCCUUCCAUCGCCGAGCAUACAACUCUGCCAAAGAAGAAGAACCACCCGGAAGGAAAGCCUGCUGCGCUUCGAUCUUGGGCCGAACUUACUGCGGGAGGAGUUGCCGGUAUGAUCUCACAGACGAGCUCAUACCCUCUCGAAGUGGUCCGGCGGCGCAUGCAAGUUGGAGGUGCUGUUGGUGACGGUCGAAGACUGCGAGUCGGAGAGACAGCGGCCAUGAUCUUCCGGGAGCGAGGAAUCCGAGGUUUCUUCGUCGGCCUCACAAUCGGAUACGUCAAGGUGGUGCCUCUAGCAGCGGUGAGCUUUUACACUUACGAACGCAUGAAGCUUAUUCUUGGUAUAUAA